AUGGCGUCUCCAUUCACAGACGCAGUGGUGAAGUCUAUGAGGACGCUGUAUCCCGAAGCUCUGGCAGACAAGUCUUUCGAUAAUACAGGCCUACUUUUGGAGGCUCCAUUUCUCCCACAACGGCGGAAUCGGAAUUCAGUCCUGCUCACGAUUGACCUUACCAAGGCGGUCGCAGAAGAAGCAAUCGAGAACAAGCACUCGGUUGUCGUCGCGUAUCAUCCAAUUAUAUUCCGUGGCCUCAAGUCGAUCACUCUCGAAGACUCACAGCAGAAGUCACUGCUAAGGCUUGCCGCCCAUGGAGUCUCUGUCUACAGUCCUCACACCGCAGUCGACACCGUUCCUGGUGGCAUGGGUGAUUGGUUGUGCGAUGUAGUCACUGGGAAGGUCGACUCCGAGGAAGCCGAGAAUGAGACAGAAGCUACCUCGCCAGCGUCAGAUACCGAUCGCUCGACCUCUGGCUCUGAGAUGUAUGGAUCUCCUAGAGGCGGCAAUGAUGCCACCGAUUCAGCAAGCAACAGGCCAAAGACCCCAAGUUCCCAGACCAAACGGCCCAGACUCAGUCAUCGAACGUACUCAAAACCGACAUACCCGAAGCCGACCCCAACGUUCCACUCCGCCGUCCUUCCUCACACGCGGCAGGUUGUCACGCCUUCACCAUCGUCUGCCCUCGAAGCUGCCAACACGCUGCUUUCAUCUUCUUCGACGCCACAGGGUUACACCGCGACCAAUACUGGCGCUGGUCGAUUAAUCUCCUUUACCACUCCACAGCCGUUGACUUUGCUGAUCACUCGCAUCGCACAUGCUAUUGGUCUACCUAAGGGCUUCCCGGUGGCCAUUCCGCAACUACCGACUCCCAAGUUCAAGUCUGUUGACGACAUCCAUAUAACGACUGUCGGAGUCUGCCCGGGUAGCGGCGCUUCCGUACUGCGGGCAUGCUCGCCGCCUCCAGACCUGAUCUUCACAGGCGAGAUGUCGCACCACGAGGCUCUUGCGGUCACUGAACGAGGAGGGUGCGUCAUCACCUUGUUCCAUAGCAACUCAGAAAGAGGCUAUCUCUGGAGCACGAUGCGGAAUAAGCUGGAAGAUGAGGUGAAAAAGGUGUGGGAGCGGACAAGGGCAGAGAUGAAGCGAGCUGGUGGCGGGGAAGAUGGUUUUGAAGAUGGGGUGGAGGAGAUUCUGGAGGAUGAGAGUGUGGAGGUAGUCGUGAGCGAAAGAGAUCGAGACUGCUUUGGCAUAGUAGUGCUGGAAGAAAGUGAGGUCCAGGGCUUGACUUUGAGAGGCGAAGGCGAUGUGGUCGAUGAUGAGGAAUCGGACUGA